AUGACACUUACAAACUGUUGCAUAGUCAAAGAGAAAAAGCAUCAAGUGCUUUAUCCGUGGACAGUCACUAAAUGUUGUACAGUUGUGACUCUACGAGAGUACCACAACAGUUGUUUGAAACUCAAAUUGAAUAUUUCGGAGGAAGUUCCUUUUGAACUACAGUUGACUAGUGCAUAUAUUGGUAGUUCAAAGAUAUCGCUUGAUAGAGCAGAUCUUGAUCUUGAUUUAGCGGAAGCUGUUGGAAUAUUUGGUCCAUUCAUUAAGUACCAGGUUGCAGACCUGGUACUUAAUGACAAGGAUAAACAAUCUGGUAAUGACCAGGAUAAACAACCUUGUUCAUCAGCCUUUGAUGUAUUGAUGGAUACGCAAAGAUGUCUGUGCCGACAUAAACUUCCUAAAAAAAUAGAAAAACAAAACAAAACAAAGAAAGAUGAACUUUACAAUGAUGUCAUUGUUCUUUUUGAGGAAGAAAAUCUGGCAUGGUUAAGUUCUGAUGUAGAUUCAUCAGGUAAUGCUUUAGUUCAAAACCUCACAGAUUGUCUUUGGUACAUUGACGGUCAUCACCAAGUCUUGAAGAAACAAGGCUGUUCUAUUCCGGUCAUUUUCAGUUCAUUUACUGGGUACAAUCAACCUCAGGCAUCAAAACAUCGUAAGCGCAUCCAUUGAGAACAUGUCUGCUGCUUGUAUUUUGGCAAUUUCGUCCUCCUUAUUUGGUUGUUUGCAAGCAGAGUAUUGGAAACGCCCACAUUUCGAAACCUUUAAGAAGCAUGUUGAAAACCUAGCAAGUUCUUUAGCUCAGUAUAGUGACUAUCUCGUGUCAAAAAACAAGCGAAUGAAAGAAGUGCACAAUGCUGAAGUUCCUGUCCGCCAUCUUUCUGAAUCGUUGUCAGUGGAAGUUGUAAAAACAUCUGCAGUUCGCUAGCCUUAGCGAACAUCUCAAUGACAUUCAGCCAUAUCAGCAAAUUUUCCUCACCGACCACUGUCCUGAAGCUCCCCGACAACGCUACGAAUACGUGGGCUAGACAUCCCAGUCGUAAUUUUGACAUUUUCGCCAGGGAACAAUCGUGGAAAUUUGCACUUUAUUUGGAAAUAUUGUGGUGAUGAUAGCAUGGAGAUGAUAUUUCAAAAAAGCAUUGCUGUGGUUGAAUCCAUCAAGCCUCAGCUUCCGACAUACCACAACCGCGCUAUGCGCAUAUGUUUGUUUUCCCGGUUUGGCCGAAUAUCUCCCCACGUAAAACCUGCUGUCCUGAGACAUUUUUACCGUGAUCUUACUGGUGAUAGUUCUGCUUCGACAAAUCUUACUGAAGAAGAAAUUGAUAGCAGAGUUUGCCAGGUUCUGGAUAUGGAACCAGAAGACCCACAGACGCUAAUUGAUCUUCGCAGUUUAAAUUCUUCGACAGAGCGUGCAAAAUAUGUUUUCUGGGACCAUUGUUCUCAGUACUUAUGCGAAGUUGUUGGUACCGCUGUUGAUGAUCGUCGUCACUCUGAAGUAGUUCAUCUUGCCCAAGCAAUUUCAAUCUGA